AUGGACCACAUUUUUUGGAAUUGUGGUAAGAUUCGUCCCAUAUGGAAAGAGUUCUUGGAUUGGUUUAACCACGGGCAUGAUACUCAUAAUUCGGACAUUAUGAGCAUGCUUGUGGCUGCUUGGGGGUAUUCCUUCAGCUCGCAAGUCGCGAGUUAUUGGAAGGCAGGAAUAAUCAAUUUAAUUUGGGCCAUUUGGAUGCAACGUAACUGUUGUAUUUUCGAGGAUGGAAAGUUUGAGGCUAAACGGAUUUUACAUUCGGUCAAAGUGGCUUUUCGCGAGAUGGAUCAGAACUUUAGUCUUAGCUCGAUGAAUAACAACUGCGAGGAUUUGAUAAUUCUUAGAAAGAUCGGCAUUAAAGGAUGUGCUUCUCCGCCGUCGGAUUUUAUUAAUGUCUACUGGUGGCCUCCUCCCAAUCAAUGGAUUAAAGUAAAUACUGACGGCUCGGCUUUGGGAGCUCCGGGAAAGAUUGUGGCUGGGGGUGAUUUUAGAGAUAAUCACAGCUUGGUUAGAGGUUGCUUCCAUGUCAAAGGUGAUCUGGGGUACGCUUUUGAAGCAGAAUUAUUGGCCGUCAUCACUGCCAUUCAAAUCGCUCAUCAUCGUAAUUGGUAUUAUCUUUGGGUGGAAUCCGACUCCACUUAUAUUGUGAGUUUGCUUACGACUCGCUCUUUGACUGUUCCUUGGCGUUUCUUAGCCUCUUGGAGAAGGGUUAUUGCUUUGUUGGAAAAUUUUACUCUCCAUAUUACUCAUAUUUACCGUGAAGGUAAUAAGGCCGUGGAUAUCAUGGCCUCUAAUAAUAUGGAAGAAGGCUGGUGGCCGGCUGAAAUUGAGGCUAUUAAAGAUGUUGUUCGUCUUGAUAUCUCCACACACAGUCAUCUAAGGAUGAUUCAUUAG